GGUGGCGAGGCCAGCCAUCAACGUGAACGAGGAUGAGUAUAUCGAGGUCUGGGACCAGAGCGAAACUGAGCUUUCCUUAGAUCUGCGGGAGCUCCUCAUCACCGACGGGAACCUGUUCUUCAUCGGACCCGACGUGGAGUCUUACGUGGACAACAUCAAAGAGGUCACUGGCCUCAUCAACUACACCUACAACGAAUUCAACCACAAAAGUUGGGACACGUGCGCCGUCUGGACCGGAAGCGUGGAGCAGACCUUCGCGGUCCCGCCGCUGGCGAGCGUUCAGAAAUGGCCGUGGUCCCUGCUGCACCACGGCCUGACGUUCUGGAUUGACCCAGACGGGCACGACCAUCGGGACGCUGCCGAGAUCGAUCGGAUCAGGAAGCUCAAGUUCCCGAAGAAGAAGUCCCCCUUUGGCCCCGACGCUCCCGCCAACUUCCUGGAGCCGAACCUGGACCCGCCCGGGGACCCCAUCGAUAUGUGGAAUGAGGCCGACGUUCACGUCGAUCUGCGAAAUCUUGAGAAGGCGGGCGGCAGCGUGACGAAGCUGAUCAUGGCAUCGGCCAUCAACCACAUCCUCGACAAUCCGCCAAAGUGGCGUGGAUGGUUCAAGAACGCGAAGAUCAAGGGCACCAUUCCUGCUGACUACCAGACACCCUUGCAGGAAAGGAGGGCGUUCCACUCCAACGGAGUGUCCCCACGCCUGAACCGGCUACUGAACGCCUGAGCUUUAUGAAGGUCACCAAGUCGUCUGGGGCCCCAACCUCGAUCUAGAUUCGAAGUAGGUUGUGGCAUUUAGUUGUUCAAGCCUUCCCUGUGAGCUUUCACCAACGACAAAACAGACCACCUUUCGGCAUUGCCCUCUGCCCGCGUCAUGUGUUGUCGAGCAGAUCCGGUCUCUCGGCUCCUAUGCGGCGGCUUGGACCACGGUGUCCUCAGUCAGGGGCUAUCACCUCCACUGAUGCUUCGUGCACUGUGGGAUUGAAGGGGCUCGAUGGAGGCGGUGAGACAGCAGCGUCCUGCACGCUGCGCUGCCUGCACGCGGCGCUGCAGCGCGGCGCAGCUCGCAAGAGGCCGAGCCAGCGCCCCGCACUGUCGAUGCACGUGCGCUGAUCUCGCGCGUCGCAUUUCAUCAGGACCGUGCGACGUUCCUGCGCUUGCGAGUGCCCGGCCGAUGAUCAACUAGC